AUGGGUGCCAUAUUUGUAACUGCAGCUGUUCUUUAUCUUGUUUACAUGGGAACAGUAAUGAUAUUGAUCUCAACAGAGCAACGUCCAUUACCUGUUCCAAACUGCAAUACCAGGAAUGAGGGCGCUCGAGAACGUGGCAUACUGUUCGCCCAAGAGCGCAAACGUCAAUUAUCCAUGAAUGCAGAUAUUAGUGAAGAUAGUUUAAUGGAGGAAUGGCAAUAUGCCGCUGAAGUUGGUUGUUCACAAAUUUUUUGUCGAAUAGCCGAUGGAGACAAUAAAGGAAUGCUUGUGAAACUCGCUGCUUGUUUUUAUAAACUUCGGUCGCCAUUAGUUGGUUUCGCCGGUGAAAAAUCGACCAUUUCAUCGACAACAACGACGGCACCAACAAUCUUUGCGUCAACAGAAUUGACAAUAACGCCUUUUGCAUUAUCAUUUACUGAAUGUUUGGAUUCUGUAAUUUCGACUAAUACUAAAGAUAAAAUCAUCAACCGAUACAAUUGGUUCCGAAAACUAAUUAAAUAUGCCAUCUCGGAAGCUGGUGGAAUAAUUUCUGACCAAACUGACGACUUUGGAUUUAAAUGGAAUUGCUUUUUGGAAUUAUCCGCAACGCAAAGUGCAAGACAAUGCAAUUUUACUCACUCGAAAGAACCUUCGCCUCUUGGCGAAAGUCGAAAAAUUCUUUUGAGAAGCGAUCGUCAAAAAAUUUUUUGGGAAACCAGAAAAUUAUCGCCUAACGAAUCAUUAGUAUUAGAAGCAGUUGAUUCGUGGUGGAGCAGUGGGUCUUGGAGCAAUCAUUUCUCGUAUUUCGAGCAUUUAUCGCCUCACGAAUUGUCGGAAAAUUAUGAUUUCUUCACUCAGUUGGUGAAUAUGGAAACAACUUACAUUGGCUGCGGAAUUGGAUAUUGCCCUGCGCACCACAUUGGACUGAACAUGCAUGCAAUCGUGUGUCAAUAUUUUCCAGGGAUUCAACGGAAUUCAAGCAAAUUUAUAGAACUAUGGAGAGUCUUGCGAACUUAUGAAGAGCAAAUCCUGUACGACAACGACCACUCUUCUGGUGAUAUGGCUGCAAAUGUUGAGAAAUGUGCCCAAAUAGACGAUAAUUUGUUUGGUCUUCUCGGUAGAGAAACUAUAGUUCAACCACGAAAUGAUUUAAGAGGAUAG